AUGUCAGCAUUCAAGGCCAUUCCUGACUCCUGCUUACAUGAGAACGGGGGGUGUGAGCACUUCUGCGAGGAAGAGGGGGGCCGACGCAACUGUUCAUGUGCGGACGGCUACUUCCUGGGAACUGAUGGACAGUGUUGCCUGACACAAGGUUAGCAGUCACAGCCACAGGCCAUGUGACAAUGUCAACUUUGUAUGACCAAUUGUAUUGUCAUCAUGUAUGAUGUUAUCUGUGGAUGCGUCCCAAAUGGCACCCUAUGUCCUAUACACUGAGUGUACAAAACAUUAGGAACACUUUUUUGCCUUCAGAACAGCCUCAAUUAGUUGGGGCAUGGACUCUACAAGGUGUCGAAAGCGUUCGACAGGGAUGCUGGCCCAUGUUGACUCCAAUGCUUCCCACAGUUGUGUCAAGUUGAUUCUUUGUCCUUUGGGUAGUGGACCGUUCUUGAUACACACGGGAAACUGUUGAGCGUGAAAAACCCAGCAGCGCUGUAGUUCUUGAGACACUCAAACCGGUGCGCCUGGCACCUACUACCAUACCCUGUUCAAAAGGCACUUAAAUAUUUUCUCUUGCCCAUUCACCCUCUGAAUGGCACACAUACACAACCUAUGUCUCAACUGGCUCAAGGCUUAUAAAUCCUUCUUUAACCGGUCUCCUUCCUUUCAGCUACACGGAUUGAAGUAGAUUUAACAAGUGACAUCAAUAAGGGAUCAUAACUUUCACCUGGAUUCACCUGGUCAGUCUAUGUCAUGGAAAGAGCAAUUGUUCCUAAUGUUUUGUACACUCAAUGCAUAGUGUAGUACAGGGUUCUUCAAUUCCGGUCCUGGAGGGCCGAAACACCUCUGUUUUUCAUCCUCUCCUUAUAAUCAGGGGCUAAUUCAGACCUGGGACACCAGGUGAGUGCAAUUAACUACCAGGUAGAAAUAAAAAACAGAAGUGUUUCGGCCCUCCAGGACCGGAAUUGAAGAACCCUGGUGUAGUACUUUAAAAAAAAGUAGUGCACUAUAUAGGGAGAUAGGGUGCUAUUUGGUAUGUACCCUGUGGUUGUAGAAUAUGCAGUGCAUUCGGAAAGUACUCAGACCCCUUGACUUUUUCCACAUUUUGUUACGUUACAGCCUUUUCCAUCAAUCUACACACAAUACCCCAUAAUGACAAACCAAAAACAGGUUUUUAGAAAUGUUUGCUAGUUUAUUUUUAAAAAACGGACAUCACAUUUACAAGUAUUCAGAUCCUUUACUCAGUAAUUUGUUGAAGCACCCUUGGCAGCUAUUACAGCCUCGAGUCUUCAGGGGUAUGACGCUACAAGCUUGGCACACCUGUAUUUUGGGGGUUUCUACCAUUCUUUUCUGCCGAUCACAUCAAGCUCUGUCAGGUUGGAUGGGGAGCGUUGGUUGCUGUACAGCUAUUUUCAGGUCUCUCCAGAGAUGUUCGAUCGGAUUCAAGUCCAGGCUCUGGCUGGGCCACUCAAGAACAUUCAGAGACUUGUCCCGAAGCCACUCCUGCAUUGUCUUGGCUGUGUGCUUAGGGUCAUUGUCCGGUUAGAAGGUGAACCUUCGACCCAGUCUGAUAUCCUGAGCGCUCUGGAGCAGGUUUUCAUCAAGGAUCUCUCUCUGUACUUUGCUCCGUUCAUCUUUGCUUCUCCCAUCUCCACAGAGGAACUAUUGAGCUCUGUCAGAGUGAACAUCGGGUUCUUGUUCACCUCCCUGACCAAGGCCAUUCCCCCCCGAUUGCUCAGUUUGGCCGGGUGGCCAGCUCUAGGAAGAGUCUUGGUGAUUCCAAACUUCUUCCAUUUAAGAAUGAUGGAGGCCACUGUGUUCUUGGGGACCUUCAAUGCUGCAGACAUUUUUUCAUCCCUUCCCAAGAUCUGUGCCUCUACACAAUCCUGUCUCGGAGCUGUACGGACAAUUCCUUCGACCUUAUGGCUUGGUUUUUGCUCUGACAUGCACUGUCAACUGUGGGACCUUAUAUAGACAGGUGUGUGCCUUUCCAAAUCAUGUCCAAUCAAUUGAAGUUACCACAGGUGGACUCCAAUCAAGUUGUAGAAACAUCUCAAGGAUGAUCAAUGGAAACAGGAUGCACCUGAGCUCAAUUUCGAGCCUCAUAGCAAAGGAUUUGAAUACUUACGUAAAUAAGGUAUUUCAGUUUUUUAUUUGUAAUACAUUUGCAAAAACUUCUAAAAAACAGGUUUUGCUUUGUCAUUAUGGGGUAUUGUGUGUAGAUUGCUGUGUUUUUUUAAUUUAUUUAAUCUAUUUUAGAAUAAGGCUGUAACGUAACAAAAUGUUGAAAAAGUCAAAGGGUCUGAAUACUUUUCAAAGGCACUGUAUGACCACUGGUCUCUCGUUGCUCCAGAAACAAUGGCCUGUGGGAAGGUUCCUGUCCUGAAGGGCAGCGCCUCUGAGAAGGGAGACGGCCCGUUGGACCUCCGUUCACGUAUCGUGGGGGGAACAGAGUGCCCUAAGGGUCACUGCCCCUGGCAGGUACUGAAUGAACCAGUGACCUGAGCUCAGAGACAAAGCGGCGGACAUGUUUAUGUAUCUGAUGUAGAGGUGAAGUCCCUUUGUCCACGGUGUGUGUUUCUACAGGUGUUGUUAGUGAGAAAUGGGAAGGGCUUCUGUGGAGGAGUCAUCUACAAACCCACCUGGAUCCUCACUGCCUCUCACUGCUUGGAGAAUAUCAAGGCCCAGCACCUGAAGGUGGUGGCAGGUAUGGACUGUAUUUCUUUAUAAAGAGUAAACACACCUGUUGUGUGUUGAAGUCUGAGUUGUUUCAAAGAUCUUGACAACCUUUUAUGCAUGUACCCAGGUGAACACGACACAGAAAUAGAGGAGGGUACAGAACAGACCAUAGAUGUAGCAGAGAUCAUCAUGCACAAGAGCUACGUGUCAGACACGGCGGACAGCGACAUCGCCCUGCUACGUCUGAAGACGGCCAUCACCAUCACGCCUUUCGCCGUGCCCAUCUGCCUGCCCACCCGCUCGAUGGCGGAGCGUGAGCUCUGGGCCAUCAACCUCCACACAGUGAGUGGGUGGGGCCGGCGCAGCGAGAACGGCCCUACGUCGCGUGUCCUCCGGCGGCUGGAGGUGCCACGUAUACGUACCCAGGACUGCGUUGAGAUGAGCGGUGUCACGCUAACGGCUAACAUGUUCUGUGCCGGCUACAUCGAGGGCAGGCAGGACUCCUGUAAGGGGGACAGCGGCGGACCACUGGUCACCCGCUACAGAGACACCACAUUCCUGUUGGGUAUCGUCAGCUGGGGAAAGGGGUGCGCCCGGCCGGGGAACUAUGGGAUUUACACCCGCGUGUCCAACUACCUGGACUGGAUCCACAGCUACACGGCAGAGCAGCCGACAGCGCAGCCGACAACGCAGACGCAGAACACCACGGCCAAUCCAAAUGCAGUCUUAUAAGUGUCACAGAACAGGAGCAGAGCUGAGCCCAGUACCUUAUUGGGUUAAACUUGUAGUAUAUCUCUGAAACCAUGUUUGGCUUUCUGAUUAUAGUAUAUAUAUUUAUUAUGUUUCUCGUGCUUUGACUACACUUUCUAAAGUUUUUCUGUAUGUUUGUUGAUUUUAUGAUUUGAUUUCCCUCUGAUAAAAAAAAAGAAUAACUCUUGAUUGAUGCCAAAGUAAACUGACCCUUCUGCUGUGUCAUGAUAACCAUUAAGGCAAACUGACUCUUACGUAAGUUGGUGUUCAAUUACAAUGCAUUUGCCAUCUGUCGUGAACAUUUUUACACAGGGACACUCAAAGUCAAUCUUAAAUGUAGCAUUGUUUAUUGCCAGCGUGCUGGAGAGUUUCCAACAAACUUAAUGCACCAUA